CACGUGUCCUGUACAACCUGGCCUGGUUCGCCCUCUCCAAAUCCUGUUUCAACAAUCUGAUCUACUGCGUGGCGGACAGGCACUUCAGAAGCGCGUACGUCAAGCUUUUCCAUUAUUGCUGCUGCAAAACAACGGUAUGGAUCCAGAAUUUCUUUCUAGAUUAAUACCACAAAACAAAGAGCAUGUACGUCCAGCAUGCAAAAAGUGUGGAUAUGCUGGACAUCUUACAUAUCAAUGUCGUAAUUUUAUUAAAGUUGAUCCAAACAAAGAGAUUGUUUUGGAUGUUAGCAGUACUAGUUCUGAUAGCGAUGAAAAUUAUGUGACCCCGUUGACUGAAUUACGUGAAAAGGAAUUAAAAAAGAAGCUACAGGAAGCUAAGAAGAAACACAAAGAAAAGAAAAGUAAAAAAAAAUCUAAGAAACGUAAAAGAUCAACGCCAAGUGAUAGUGAAUCAGAAACAGAACUUUCUAAUGAUGAAGAAAGGAAACAUAAGCAUAAAAAGAAAAAAAAGAAAUCAAAACAUAAAAAACAAAAGAAACAUAAAAAGGAUAAUUUAUCAGAGAAUGAUAGUGAUGAUAAGAAAAGAUAAUUUCUUUUCAUUUACAUCUACUCUAAUGUAUAUACUUUACUCAAAUUAUAAAUACAAUGUAUAUAAGUGAUAUUAUACCGUUUGUAAAUAAACGUUUGUAAAAUUAUUUAUUUUUUUGUAAAUAAAAUGUAUCAAAUAAUCCAUUUAGUUUAUAAAAUAGUAAGAAAAUUUUGUAAUUGUUUUUUGUAUAAAAGCUAUAUUUUAUGAAAUAAACAAAUAAAAAAAGUAAA